AUGGAUCUGCACGUCUUCGACUACUCGGAACCGGGGAACUUCUCUGACAUCAGCUGGCCAUGCAACAGCAGUGACUGCAUCGUCGUGGACACUGUGCAGUGCGCCAACAUGCCCAACAAGAACGUCCUGCUGUACACGCUCUCCUUCAUCUACAUCUUUAUCUUCGUGAUCGGCAUGAUCGCCAACUCCGUGGUGGUCUGGGUGAACAUCCAGGCCAAGACCACGGGCUACGACACUCACUGCUACAUCCUGAACCUGGCCGUCGCCGACCUGUGGGUGGUGGUCACCAUCCCGGUCUGGGUGGUCAGCCUCGUGCAGCAUAACCAGUGGCCCAUGGGCGAGCUCACGUGCAAGGUCACUCACCUCAUCUUCUCCAUCAACCUUUUCGGCAGCAUCUUUUUCCUUACGUGCAUGAGCGUGGACCGCUACCUCUCUGUCGCCUACUCCACCAGCGCCUCCAGCCGCAAAAAGAAGAUGGCGCGUCGCGCCGUGUGUGUCCUGGCCUGGCUCCUGGCCUUCUGCGUGUCCCUGCCCGACACCUACUACCUGAAGACCGUCACGUCCGCUUCGAACAAUGAGACCUACUGCCGGUCCUUUUACCCCGAGCACAGCGUCAAGGAGUGGCUGAUCAGCAUGGAGCUGGUCUCCGUGGUCCUGGGCUUCGCCCUCCCUUUCUCCAUCAUUGCCGUCUUCUAUUUCCUGCUCGCCCGAGCCAUCUCUUCCUCCAGCGACCAGGAAAAGCACAGCAGCCGGAAGAUCGUCUUCUCCUACGUGGUGGUCUUCCUCGUGUGCUGGCUCCCCUACCACGUCGUGGUACUGCUGGACAUCCUCUCCAUCCUCCACUACGUCCCCUUCACCUGCCAGCUGGAGAAUUUCCUCUUCACGGCGCUGCACGUCACGCAGUGCCUGUCCCUGGUGCACUGCUGCGUCAACCCCGUGCUGUACAGCUUUAUCAACCGCAACUACAGGUAUGAGCUGAUGAAAGCCUUCAUCUUCAAGUACUCGGCCAAAACGGGUCUCACCAAGCUCAUCGAUGCCUCCCGAGUGUCGGAGACCGAGUACUCGGCUUUGGAGCAAAACACCAAGUGA